GGCAGUGUUCCUGCUGGGGGCAGGCCUACACAGGAAAAAUGUUUCUGCUCAACAGCAGGAAGAAGGAAUCACAUACAACUUUGACCUCAUCAGAAUUGCGUCAGGUUUUCAUGGACUGAAAGUAGAUGGCAUUCCUCAGAGAGGAUUAUCUGACUACACACCAGGGCUUUUAUAUUGAAAAUUGUGAGCAGAAGUGCUGCCACUUAUUUUCACUACCUUGACGCUGACUGGAGGUCAGUGAACUGCAGAGAAAUGGAGUGUCAAUGUGAAAAGGACAACUCUGAGGAUGCUCUUACAGGCUGGUGGAUGAAUGGCAACAGUGUCCAGAUGGGAGUUUUUACUGUGGUGGGGUAUCUUCUCUACAGAUUCUCACAGACACUCCCAGCUCUGAUCCGAUGGCCGAUUCGUCUUUUCUGUUCUCUAACUGGUCUGUCAGCUCUUUGGGGCUGGGUGAGCCACCUCGUGGGAACCCUUCGUGGAAUCCAGAGCCUGUUUAAAUGGCUGUCUCGAAUUUGGCGGUUUUUCGUAGGAUUUUCCUCCAAGUUCAAGUGGUUGGCUGCUGUCAUCAAAGCAAGCUCAGUGUCAUCCACAGACGAAGAACUGGAUUUAAACAGUCCCAACAAACCAGGCCUGAGGCUGAUCCUCCUGGAGUAUAACAGUGAAGGAUGGACCUCCCUGGAAGAGACUUUGUUGGGCAACAGUGGGACAAGGGCACCCACGAGUCCCCUAAUUGAGAGCACCAAGAGUAGGACCGUAUUAGAUGGUAGAGAGGUUACAGUGAUCAACACCCCAGAUCUUUUGGGGCCGUCAUUGGGGAACAACAAGAGAGCCAGGGAAGCUUUGAGGAGCCUUCAGCUCGCCAGUCCUGGACCACACGCCUUCCUGCUGGUGAUCCGAGCUGCGGGCUCCAGCAUGGGGAUUGACCAGGAUGCAGCUCAGGCAAUCCGAGCCACCCUUGACGUGUUUGGAGACGGGGUCGCAGGGUACAUCAUCCCAGUGCUCGCCCACGCACACCGUCGGGGUCGAAGGCAUACUGUAGAUCAGCUGCUGGAUGCAGAUGAUGGGGGUCUGAGAAGGGCUCUGUCUCAAUGCGACCAGAGUCCAGAGCUGGUGGAUGACAGGCCAGACUGCCCUCCAGAGGUGCAGGGUGUGAUGCGCAGGCAGCUGGUGGGGCGUGUGAUGGAGAUGAAAACACUGAGGGGGCAUUUUGUCCACGAGCUGCAGAGAAGAGAAGACCGCAUCAGGGAGGAGCUUCUGACUGACAUGGCCUCUGCACUGGCUAUAAAACUAGGACACAUGUAAAUAAGAGAGGGAGAGCUGCUGUUGGUCUGUGUGAAAGAGUUGUUGGGGCAGUGAAAAAAUAAGGAGGCAAGAUUCAUUCAAGUGUUGAACAUGCAAUUUUGAGUUUAGGUGCAAGGGUGAUUCUUUGCCUGAGGUAUUUUUGUCACUCUGCUGGUUUACCACUGUCCAAAUGAAUUUACUACCACUGGCCGCCUUUUGGUUUUCAACAUGCCACAGAUGCUUUUGGUUAGAUAUCACGCUCACACACUUAAUUUUCCCAUUGUGAUGUGUUGUGUACUUCUUUGCCGUCUGUUUAUUCCUUUGCAUAGGCCUGUGCCUCGUGUUUUCUUACCCUGCUCCAGUGCUUAGCCCUCCCUUAUCAUUCAUAAUUUAUAAGCUAUAUCAAAAUUUAAAGAUGGUCAGGGAAAAUAAACUGAAGUCAUAUUGGGACUAAAGUUCAGCAGUGCUGUCCACGUAUUCUGUGCUUUCUCCAGAAGCCUCCGAAAACACCAUUUAGACCAAAAACUGUUACUUAAAUAUGAACAAGCUCACAUUUAAUUGCAGGUUUUUAUUGACUGUAUUUAUGUAGCUGUGACAUCUGGCAACAGAUGAAAGUGACAAGUCUAUUUAUGGUAUAAUAAUAUCAGUCGAGCUUUAAUUGUGAAAUAUUAACAUCAUCUCAAGUAUAUGUUGUAUACUUUUAUUUUCAGAGGUGACCCACUAACCCACAUUAUUUGUAGUCUUAAUGACCUGAAACACUACUGAUACUGAUAAAGCAGAGUGACCCUGUGGUUAAAGAGACAAUUCAACAUCAGUACAUACCUCCAAAAGACCAAUCAGGUUCCUCGUGGGCAUGAUGAUGGAAACACACAGCAUAAGAAGAAAUAACAACCACUGGUCUACUGGUAUUUUUCUAAUUUUCUAAUUUUUUUUUAAGUCUGACUUCUGACCUAAGAAAAAGAAAAAAAAGUAGUAGAAAAAGUCAAUCAUUACCAAUAUACACUAGCAUCUGUUAGCACAUUAUAUUUUACUGUUUAAGGGUUUAGACAUCUUAAGCAGCAUGAUCUGCUGUGCUUUGCAGUCAAUUAAAUGUACACAAGAGUGGUUCAAAAUCUAAUAUUUACCUCAUUAGCUUUCCAUAAUUUUCCAGUGUCAGUAUUGGGUAAUAUGUUUCUGUUCAGUAAACUAAUUCUGAAGAACUGAGGGGAAAACAGGAUAUGAUUGGGAAAUGCAUGUUUGGAUCUGUUUAGCUGAAAAACAUUACCUUUCUCUCCAGCAGUCUUACAUUUGAAGACUGCUGUCAAAAACCCUUUGGCAGUGCAGGAAGGCCACAACGAAAUAAAAGAUAAUCUCUUUCAAAUGUAUCUGCAUGAUCCACAUUAUUGUGGACAUAUACUGAGAUUACACUGGCCAAGGUCUGUUACACUUUAUUAAACAUGAAGAAAUAUUUUUUAUAUCAACGCUGAAUCAAAUGAUCCAUCAAAUUUUAAAUUAUUAUUCAUAGUGUCAAACCCACUGGGAAUUAACACCAAACUCUGGAGCUAUUUGCAGGUUUUCAGCCACUUUUAGCUCUUUGAUUUUGUUUUUCUGCCUACAAAACAUUUGCAUACCAAAGUGGAGCUCAAUAAAAGUGAAGAAUAUUCAUCAAAUGGACUGAAACUCCACACAUAAUGUUGAUAAUGUGUUCUUGUGUCUGCUGAAUGUUUUGGUCAUAACAACUUUUUAAGCUGAGGGCUGUGUUUGUUUUGCCCCCUAGUGGUCAAAAAUGACUAAAGGCAGCUUUAAAGUCACAAACCUGGCUGAUUUGGUAACACAUGGGGUGAUAACUGCGAGUGUGUAAUUGAAAAAGUGUGUCAGUUUGAGCUCACAAAACUCAGCAGAAGAGAAACAACUCCUGUAUGCGUUUAUAGCAUAGCCAAACAAACCAUGGGCUGAGGUGAUUCAUUGUGUCACACUGUUUCAAUAAAGGAGAGACCAUCAACAAUGUCAUUCUUAUGUUAAGCUCUUGUGUUCCACAUCAUGUCCAUACAUGAUUCACUGUUUCCUGUGAAUCCCUUGUGCAUAGUAUUCAAUUCUUGAUAGCUAUAAAUCUUAAAGAUGUAAUUCAUAAAUAUUGUUAUUGUUAUACAUUACUUUUUGUUGUGGCGGGUGGUUUAGUAAACAGUUGCCUAUUUACACAUCAAGCAGGCGCAAAAUAAAUGGAAUUUAUUUGUG